AUGAAUGGUUCUCCUCGCGGCGACCAGCGGUCUUACUCAUCCCUCACUGGGCGAAAUACACAAGAGCAUCUAUCGGCCCCUGCGACCAAAUCCAGUCCCCUCCCACAGGGCUAUGAAUCCCCUUUCAGCAUGAAAAUUCCCAUGCCUCUACAUCACCCCACGGCCGGGCUGCUGAGAACGCAGUCUCCCUUGAUUGGCCAGCAUAUGUUGUCGUUCCCUGCUCAUCUCCCACAGAUGUCGACUCCACUGGCUCGCACUCUCGAUGCACAACUCCCUCAUUCUUACGGCUCGCUGGUGACGCUUGACCCAGCCUCUCUGUCUCCGGUCCCAGAUCCUGUCGCGGUGGCAGAGGUCAAACGCCUUGUUCCCCAUGUUUUCCAGCCGAAUGAAUACAACGACGCCGGCGAAGUGGUCGACGCGUUGACGGCAGACAGCUCCAGCACGAUUUCAGCUUCAGAUCAUCUCAAAGAACCAUUGCCGGCAUCGAACCAGAUUGUCGAUGGACUCUCCGACGACUACACGGCAGAGAUGGCUGGGGCAGAGUUUGACGUCUUCUUGAGCCAGAUGGAGGUUCAGAAGCUCCUGGAUCUUCCUGCAGCAGACAAGGGUGUGAAUUCAGAGACGCAGUAA